GAGAGAGAAACGCUGCUCAGCAUUUAUAGCGGUUGUUGGAUCGCACCCUAGAUAACGUAUUGGAUAGAUUAAAAUGUAUACAUAUGAUAAUAUAGAAAGCGAGGUCUAAUCGGUCGAUAACGGUUCAUUUUAAUUGGCGCAAGAAACUAUUUUAAAAUUUUAAUGAAUAUUACGUGUGGAGAGAGUAAGAAAAAAUGACACAUCGAAAUAGAACUCGAAGUUAGAAUUUUCAAUAAGUAAUAUAGAACAUGUGGGUGCUUCCUACAUCAAAAAUAUCAAAUUUACAAUUGUUUUAUUAGCUAUCUUUUAUUCUCCAUACUACUGUGUUAUAAAUCUAAGCAUGUUUUCCAUGGUGCGCAACUUGUGGCAAUACAAUACAACAAUAGAAGAUAUUAUAGCUGAAUAUGUGGAUGUGGAUUUUACAUGGCUGUCAUGGCUGUUAAUGCCACUUCUUGUAACAUUUCUACUCCCGUUUGCGAUUGUGCUACUGUUAUAUCUAACUUGCUUAAUAUUAUAUGUCUACAAGUUACACAGAGUUAAACUAAGAAAUGCUUAUGGUACUGACUGGCGGAAUGCAGCACGCUAUACAGUUGCAGCUGUCUGGGAUGCACAUGGUUGGAUUUGGCAUGGAUAUGAAAUUGUGGGUUUAGAAAAUAUUCCUCAGGACAAACCAGUAUUAUUUGUAUAUUAUCACGGAGCUCUCCCAAUUGAUUUAUAUUAUUUUAUAGCUAAAAUAUUUCUAUUUAAUUCGAGAUUAGUACAUACAGUAGCAGAUCGAUUCUUUUUUAACAUCCCUGGAUGGUCUAUACUGACUGAUGUUAUGAGCGUAAUACCUGGUACUGUUCAAACAUGCUCUGCCAUUUUGAAAGAAGGAAAUAUGCUUGCUAUUUCCCCGGGCGGUGUACACGAAGCUCAAUUCGGUGAUUCCUACUAUCAACUUAUGUGGAAAAAGAGAGUAGGUUUUGCCAAGGUAGCUCUCGAUGCAAAAGUGAGUGUAAUUCCAUUCUUUACGAAAAAUAUUAGAGAAGCAUUUAGAACAGUAAGUUGGGGAAGAAGAAUAUGGUCGAGGAUAUAUGCCAAGACAAAACUACCAAUGGCACCAGUGUACGGUGGCUUCCCAGUAAAAAUGAUAACGUACGUGGGUAAGCCAAUUCCAUAUGAUGAAAGUCUCACACCUGAAGAGCUAAAAUUGAAGGUUGCUAAUGCUCUCGAAGAUUUAAUAAGAAAACAUCAGAGAAUACCCGGUAACAUAACGUGGGCUUUGUUCGAAAGAAUAUGUAAGAAACAUAUACGAUCAGAAAGAAAAGAGCAUUAAUAAUAAUUUCCUUUGAUGUACUUAACGAUUUUAAUACAGUCAAAAGUUCAUUUUAAAAAAUUAUUUUCAUAUAAUUGUCAAAUCUUUUUCUAGCUAUUAACACAAAAUAGGGGAUAUUUCUAAAUUGUCGUAUUUUCUUUUAGACUUACAUUUAUGUCAUUUUUUAUAUUUGUACUUAAAUACAGUUAGUUGUAUUAUAUAAGAGAUAUUUAUUUAUUAAAAAAACUAACAAAAACACUUCUAAUAGGAGGUGUAACAGACAUAUGUACAAUUCAAUAUAUUAGUAGACUGAUUUGUCAUAAUAUAUAAAUAAUAAUUUAUGAAAUAAUUGUAUUUUUGACAUAUUAGGUACAAACAGAUAUUCAAAAAGUAUUUCUUUCUGUUACCAUAUAUUUAAAAAAAUAAUGUUAUUGCUACAAUUUAUUGUUUUUAUAUGGAAUGAUUAUAAUAAAUGUAACAAAUAUUCCUGUUCUAAAAUGUGUAUUACCUGUAUCAUCAGAUGAAUCAAAUUUAUAUUUUAGACUUUCAAUAAUUCAUCUCUUAGUUUUUAAUUGUAAUUGUGAGAAUAUUUCAAUAAAACUGCAAGAAAUCUAUACA